AUGUCUUUUCAACAAAUUUUACCCUCUAUAGAGGUGGACGACAGCCAUGUUGCCGGCCAUCAAGUCGAGUUAGUGACAAUGCACCAAAUCCUCCUUAGGGACGAUGGUGAUACAGGAUUCAGCCAAACCAUUGGCAGUAGUCGAAAGAGAAGUCGAAGUCAAAGCUCUGCAUCCUCCCCAAGUUCGGAAGAGCAUGAUAAUGUGGUCAGCCCAGAAUCUGCCAUGAAUGAGUUUACGAAUGUUGAAUUCGACAGACAAGCCAGCCCCUACUUUAUAGCCCGAGAAGCGAUGUUGAAAGCCGAGCUAGUCAACUGCAGCUGCUGCCUCUUCGAGCAUGUCGACCAACGAAACGAAGGCGAAUGGAGUCCAUUCGUUCUAUUGGAGAUACAGAAUAUACCCCUGACCGACGGUUCUCAGAAAAAUGACUGUCAAAAAGAAAUUCAAGCGAGACGCAGCCGGCAGCGGCAUGGUACUCCAUCACCAACAACAACAUAUACGUCUGAGUCGCCUGUAGUCACAAAGUUGAGGCCUGUUCCUCAAGGAGCCCCCCGUUUGAUUGAGAAGAAAGGGCAGUAUACAAUCAGAAAGGGAGUUCGAAUUCGAGAUUAUAAACUUCCAGGGCCUUCUCCGUGGCCAUGUGCUUUGCCAUCCAAUAGCCUGGAAUAUCAAUGCCGAGAUGGAUUUGAUGCGAAGGAAGUAUCGCUUGGGUAUCCCCAACCAAUGGUUAUUCGGAUACGGGAGAAUGUACACGAACCAACCUUGGGGAACCACAAAGGUUUGAACUCAAGGAGCCCAUCGCUUGGGACUACUGAAAUCGUCUAG